CGGCUGGCGGCGCUGGUGGGCCUGGAGGUGCGCGAGCACGGCGACGUGCUGCAAUGGGCCUUCGCUGACACUUUCCUCAACCUCACGCUCAAGCACGUGCACCUGCUCGACUGGCUGGCGGCGCACUACCCGCACGCUCGCUUCCUGCUCAGCGCAGAAGACAUCUUCGUGCACACAGCCAACGUGCUCCGCUUCCUGGGGGCACAGCUGCCCGGCGGCCACCUCUUCGUCAGAGAGCUCAUGUAAAGCACCGUGCCUGUCCGCGACAGCUGGAGCAAGUACUUUGUGCCUCCGCAGCUCUUCCCUGGGCGGGAAUAUCCAGUGUACUGCAGCGGCUGCGGCUUCCUGCUGUCCAGCCACACGGCCCGGACCCUGCGCACGGCUGCACGCCACACCCCGCUCUUCCCCAUCGACGACGCCUACAUGGGUAUGUGUCUGCAGCGUGCCGGCCUGGUGCCCAGCGUGCACAAGGGCAUCUGGCCCCACGGCGUGCAGCUACCCGGCUCCCAGCAGCCCCCCUUCAACCCCUGCGUCUACCGCGAGCUGCUCCUCGUGCACCACUUCGCGCCGUACGAGAUGCUCCUCAUGUGGAAAGCACUGCAUGACCCUGCACUGAGCUGUGGCUGGACACGCAGGGUCUCCUAA